AUGCCUGGACUCCCGUCCACCGUAGACCUUGACGAGUGCAUCUCGCGGCUGUCGAGAAAAGAGCUGCUGGCCGAGUCGGUGGUCGAGGCGAUAUGCGCAAAAUCAAAAGAGCUGCUCAUGAAGGAGAGCAACGUGGUGCACAUCAGGGCCCCCGUCACCGUUGUCGGUGACAUCCACGGCCAGUUCUUCGACAUGAUGGAGAUUUUCAAGAUUGGCGGGCCCUGUCCAGAUACAAACUACCUGUUCCUGGGCGACUAUGUCGAUCGCGGCCUCUUCUCCGUCGAAACCAUCUCGCUCCUCGUCUGCCUCAAGCUGCGCUACCCGCAUCGCGUCCACCUCAUCCGCGGCAACCACGAGUCCCGGGGCGUCACGCAAUCCUACGGCUUCUACACGGAAUGCUCGCGCAAAUACGGCAACGCCAACGUGUGGCACUAUUUCACCGACAUGUUCGACUUCCUCACCCUCUCCGUAGUCAUCAACGACCAGAUCUUCUGUGUCCACGGCGGCCUGUCCCCCUCGAUACAUUCCAUCGACCAGAUCAAGAUCAUCGACCGCUUCCGUGAGAUACCCCACGAAGGGCCCAUGGCGGACCUCGUCUGGAGCGACCCCGACCCCGAACGCGACGAAUUCUCGCUUAGUCCACGAGGAGCUGGAUAUACGUUUGGAGCGCAGGUGGUGAAGAAAUUCCUCGAGGUCAACGCCAUGUCGCACAUCUUGCGCGCCCACCAGCUCUGCCAGGAAGGCUUCCAGGUCUUGUUUGACGACAGGCUUAGUACUGUUUGGAGCGCACCAAACUACUGCUAUCGAUGCGGGAAUAUGGCCAGCGUGCUAGAAGUUAGUGACACUGGCGAGCGCUUUUUCAACGUCUUCGAUGCGAGCCCGGAUAAUGACGUGCAUCGAGCAGAGCAACAACAGCAGCAGGGCAAGGAGGUGACGACUGAGUAUUUCCUAUGA